AGGUCCCAACUAGUGAUAUUAUCAUGUGAAAGACAGAUAGAGAGGAGUUUCACUUUUAUACUCAAAUCGCACAUAACAUGUGGGUAUAAGGAAGAGAAAAGACGUAAAAUUGAGGGUAGUUCUGGAUGAGAGUAAUUCUCUGGAUGCUUCAAUAAUUUUCAUCCCCUGUUUGUCCACAGUAAUUUUGGAUUAGAUUAGACUCUAUAUGGUGAAGGUAGUAGCUAGGCUCGAAAAUUUCCGAAAGCCUUUUUCAAAAAAGAAAAUUCCGAUGGUCCAGCAGACCAACUAUACCAAUAGGUAACAUCAAUAGUCAGCAGUUUAGAAGGCAAGGCUCUUGUUUUGCAGGUCUUUAAAGAAGGCCAACGAAAGCACCAUGAGAAGAAAUAAUGAGAAACAAACUCGAUAUGUUCCACAUCACAGUGGAAUUUCUUGGCGACCAGUGAAGAAGAAAGUUUCAACUGCUAGCGUGGUCUUCAUCUUCUUCCUCCUUGUCAGUGCUUUGGUAUUUGUAGGCUGGAUUGAUAUUUCUAUAUUUUCAAGUACUUCUAGUUCUAGCAGUGACAAACCAAUCCAAAGAACAACAGGAAAAUCACCAAAAAAGCAAGAAUUCCCACUGAAAUGCACAAAAGGAAACAAAAACCAGACCUGCCCAAAAAACUACUACCCCACAACAACACACAAUCCUGACCGUCCAAUAUCAUCAUCAAACAAAACAUGCCCGUCAUACUUCCGUUGGAUCCACGAAGAUCUACGGCACUGGAAGCACACAGGAAUCACGAGAAAAAUGGUGGAGGGGGCCCGCAAGACCGCGCAUUUCAGGCUUGUGAUCGUGAACGGUAAGGCCUACGUAGAGAAAUAUAGGGAGUCGAUACAGACAAGAGACAUGUUCAGCUUAUGGGGCAUUUUGCAGCUUCUAAGGUUGUACCCUGGGAGAUUGCCUGAUUUGGAACUCAUGUUUGAUUGUGAUGAUCGACCUGUUGUCCCGUCUAACGAUUUUUUAGGCCCAAAUGCGGGCCCACCUCCAUUGUUUCGUUACUGUUCAGAUUGGUCGAGUUUGGAUAUUGUGUUCCCUGAUUGGUCUUUUUGGGGCUGGGCUGAGAUCAAUAUAAAGCCAUGGAAAAGUGUGUUGGAGGACAUAAAAAAGGGCAACACAAGAACCAAAUGGAAGGAUAGAGUACCCUAUGCUUAUUGGAAAGGGAAUCCAAGUGUGGCUCCAACUAGAAAUGACCUUUUGAAGUGCAAUGUCUCAGACAAAGAUGACUGGAACACUCACCUAUAUAUACAGGACUGGGUGCAAGAAUCUAAACAAGGUUACAAACAAUCAAAUUUAGAAGACCAAUGCACUCACAGAUAUAAGAUUUAUAUAGAGGGAUGGGCAUGGUCAGUAAGUGAGAAGUAUAUUUUAGCAUGUGACUCAGUGACAUUGCUCAUAAGGCCUAAUUUUUAUGAUUUCUUCAUUAGAGGCAUGGUGCCAUUGGAGCACUAUUGGCCCAUUAGGGACAAUAGAAAGUGCACCUCUCUUAAGUUUGCUGUGGAAUGGGGCAACAAUCACACACAAAAGGCUCAAGCCAUAGGAGAGGCCGCAAGCAACUUCAUACAGGAGGAUCUAAAGAUGGACUAUGUAUAUGACUACAUGUUUCAUUUGUUAAAUGAAUACGCAAAGCUCUUGAAGUUCAAACCAUCUAUACCUCAAGGAGCGGUGGAGCUAUGUUCAGAAACGAUGGCUUGCCCUGCUAAGGGUACAUUGGAGAAAUUCAUGGUUGAGUCCAUGGUUAAGUCUCCUAGUGAUUUAAUCCCAUGCACCUUGCCUCCUCCUUAUGAUCCUUCGUCACUGCGAGGUUUUCUCAAGAGAAAGGAUAAAUCCAUAAAGCAAGUGGAAAUGUGGGAAAAUAAGUAUUGGAAAAAUCUAAACAAGAAGCAAUAAAUACCUUUUUUUUUUGUGUUUCAGCCUUCAUUAAAUGUUAGGAUUAUUUUAAUAAAGUAAAAACAAAAAAUAAUAGUAUUUGUAAUUUAUUUACACAUUAAUUAUAUAGUUUAAUUUUUUACUAUAAAUGUUCAAUCAUUAAAGAAUUAUAUUUGAGAAUUAAAAA